UUACGUAAUAAGAUCUGAUACUGGUACAAUACCAUUCAUUUUACAAAAUGCCUUCCGUUAGGUUAGGAUUUAUAGUUUUAUUCUUAACACUAGUGGCAGGUAAUUCAGGAGUUUUACAUAUUUCCUUCAAUGGAAAAGAUAUCAGUGACCUUCAAGAAGGUGAACCAAUCAGAGUCAUCGAGGGUCAUGACCUUUUAUUUGACUGCUCAUCCAGCUAUGCAAACUCAAGUUUCGUCUGGACCAAAAAUGACAGCCUCUCCUCAUUCAAUCAGAGGAAAAAUAUUACACAGGUACAAGUGACUGAUGGGGGAAUCUAUAAUUGCCAAGCAACAAGUUUUGACGAAAGAAAUGACUAUGAAAUAGUUGAAAAUAAGUCUAUUUCUGUUAAAAUACUUUACCCACCAUCAUAUCCUAUGGCUGGACUGGUUUUCAUUGACAGACCAUAUUACGCUCUUCACGGAGAAAUUAUCACUCUGAGUUGUAAGUCUGAAGCCAACCCCGAGCCAAAUUACCAGUGGCGGAGAGGUGACGUAACCGGACCACUAUUAUCAAGAAAUGCAAAUUAUCGCUUGACUGUCGAGUCAUAUAUUGUAGACUAUCACUGCAUUGUAAAUAACCAAAUGGUUCCUACAGUAGGUGAAGCAAUUACCACAUCCAUUACAAAUAAAUUACAGAUAAGGGUCAAUGUAAAGGCAUACAUACUUCAAACUGAAGAUGGUAUUUAUAGAACUGUCAAUGAGGGUGAUUCCAUAACUGUCAAAUGCAACGCAUAUGGUAAACCUCCACCAAAAAUAUGGUGGACAAAAGCUGGCGACAACAACUUUUAUAUGGAAAGUGACCAUUUGACUGAAAGGUCUGUAAGACGGCACUUCGCGGGGGAUUAUUUCUGCAAUGCUGAAAACAGUGUAACUGCGUCAAAUAGAAGUCGUAUCACAACACAUUCGAAACAAAAAGUUCAUAUUACUGUAAAUGAAAACAAUAUCGGCAAUGAUUCAAGUGAUGCCAAUUGCUUAAAUCAAGACAGCCUGGAAACAAUGGUUGAGGAAGAAGAUUCUAAGAACGUUGCUUUAUUCAUUCUUGCUGCCCUCGGUUGGCUUGGAUUUGCCUCCAGCAUGCUUAUUCAUAUAAUUAUAUGCACGAAGAAUAGAAAUAAGAGACGAGAUAUUGCUAACAAAGCACGAUCUAUUUCAACGAGCAAAAGUAAUGAAACUCUUUCUUCCACAUCCUCUUUUCAUAACUCUGGCAUCUCUGGUUCAUACAGCGAUUUAACAAAGUAUGAUGAAAUGAAGCCCCGAAGCUUCAGUUUAGUGAGUUCAACAAAUUCUGAAUCCUCUAAUAUGACAUCAUUGUCUACUGUGUCUUCAUGCAAUGCUUUUUUACCUAACAAUUAAAGGGAGUUAUUUACAACCUGAAAGUGAAAUCUGAGAACAGAAAAAUCUAUGAAAUUGGAAUCCAUUUGCCUAAAAAUAAUCAAUUACAAAUUAAAUAGAUUCAGUUUUGAGAACUAGAUAACUAAUGCACUGACACAAUUUACAUUUUAUUUUUGCUUUGAUAAAAGUGUUGUGGAAUGGGAUGGUGAUAUAUUAUCUCCAAACAAAAAAUGUUUUAGUUUUAAUUCAGACUUUUCGACCAGAAAAGCAUGAGAAUUUAUUUAUUUUAUUAGUCAACUAGAAAUGUGUCCAUGGGACACAGAUGCCCCCACUACAUGACAUUACAAUGACAAUUUUUUCCCAGGUCAGGGGCCAUAACUCCUACAAUACUGAAUAAAUCCGGACGCAAAACCCCAGGUGCACAACAGCACAUGGUGACCAACAUUCCUGUAAACUUUGGUGACUCUAGGUCAAAUACUUUUGGAGCUACGCGCAACACAACAUUAAAAUGACCAAUUUUUAACUAUAUCAGGUGCAAUAAUUCCUACAUGACUGAAUGAAUCCGGAUGUGAAACCCCAGGUGCACAACUGCACAUGCUGACCAACAUUACUGUAAACUUUGGUGACUCUAGGUCAAAUACUUUUGGAGCUACGCAUGACACAACAUUAAAAUGACCAAUUUUUAACUAAGUCAGGGGCUAUAAUUCCUACAAGACUAAAUGAAUCCGGACGCAAAACCCCAGGUGCAUAACUGCACAUGCUGACCAACAUUUCUGUAAACUUUGGUGACUCUAGGUAAAAUACUUUUGGAGCUAUGUGCGACACAACAUUAAAAUGACCAAUUUUUUACUAAGUCAGGGGCCAUAACUCCUACAUGACUGGAUGAAUCCGGACGUGAAACCACAGGUGCACAACUACACAUGCUGACCAACAUUCCUGUAAAGUUUUGUGACUCUAUGUCAUAUACUUUUUGAGCUAGGCGCGACACAACACUAAAAUGACCAAUUUUUACAAAGUCAGGGGCCAUAACUUCUAAAUGACCGAAUGAAUCCGGACGCGAAACCCCAGGUGCACAACUACACAUGCUGACCAACAUUCCUGUAGAGUUUUGUGACUCUACGUCAAAUACUUUUGGAGCUAGGCGCGACACAACAUUCUGGGAAGGACGGACGGCAAAUCUAUAUGCCCCCCCCCCCCCAAAGUGGGGGCAUAAAAAAGGGGAAUUAAUUCAAUCCUUAAAUUUGUGUGCAAACUUAGUGAUGUGUACCAGCGAUAAUAAUCUUAUUUCAUGCAGCUUGCUGGUAAUAUCAUCAGUUAGCUCUGUGAAAGGUCAGAAAGUUUUAACUUCCAAUUUAUUUUCUCACUUUUUAACCCUUACCCUGCUAAAUUUCUAAAAUGGACUGGUCCAUCAUUCAAUUUGGGCAAUACCAUUUAUUAUUCCAAGGGGUGUUCAAUGAAAAUUUACUGACUGAAUAGCGAACAGUGAAGACCAUGAUCAGCCUGCAAAGACAGAAUCAUUUGCCACCACAGGCUAAAGGUUAAUGUAGCACAACACAUCCUAAUUAAAUGGCAAUGCAGUUACAUGUACACUGACUGUGACAUAAUUACUGAUUGAUAUUAAAAAUGCAAGUAAAAAAUUGAAGAACAACAGAGCAUGGGGGUAUUAAAAGCAUUGUUGCAAUAUCAUAGCACCACAGCUUCUUUGAUAUAGAAGUCAAAGCCAUACAUUGGAAAGUUAAGCUGGUCAAAUGUGAUGCAGCCACAGUGGCAGAUCAGGGCAGGGCAGAUAUGGGACAUGAGCCGCUCAAACAUUAUCAAAAUGCACAAAACUAUGUGGGAAACAAAACCUUGCUUUUCAUUUUUUUUUUGUGUGUGAAUUAUAAGAAAUCUUUUUUUACAACAGAAGCAUACUUUAGGGUAAUGUUUCUCUAAACUGGUAAUGAAUGACAUCAUAGCUCGUUUUUUUUUUUUGCUAAAAAUUCAAGUAUUGCUGUAUAUUAUUGAAAUAUUGCUGUAUAUAAUUCAAAUACUACUGUAUAUAAUUGAAAAAUUUCAGUAAAUGAUUGAAAUGUUGCUGUAUAUAAUUCAAUUACUAUUCAGUUACUACUGUAUAUACUAGUAAUUGAAAAACGUCAGUAAUGAUUGAAAUGUUGCUGUAUAUAAUUCAAUUACUAUUCAGUUACUACUGUAUAUACUAGUAAUUGAAAAACGUCAGUAAUGAUUGAAAUGUUGCUGUAUAUAAUUCAAAUACUACUCAGUUACUACUGUAUAUACUAGUAAUUGAUAACGUCAGUAAAUGAUUGAAAUGUUGCUGUAAAUAAUUGAAGUACUGCUGUAUAUAACUGAAAUAUUGCUGUAUAUAAUUAAAAUACUGCUACAUAUAAUUGAGUGUUGUAUAUUAUUGAAAUACUACUGAUAACAGACAUACUGUUGUAUGUACAGUUGAACUUCGUUAACUUGAACUCGACGGGACCAGCAAAAUUUGUUCAAGUGAUCGGUUGUUUGAGUUAUCGAACAAAAUUCAUUAUACAGGGAUUUUUCCGGGACCUGACGACGAUUUCGAGAGUGGAGUACGAAUUAUCCGAGUUUGAGUUAAUGAAGUUUGACUGUAAUUGAAAUAUAUUGCUAUAUAUUAUUGAAAUACUGUUAACAUUAUUAUGAAUACUGAUGUGUAUAAUUAUUUGUUUUUGUGUUUGUUUGGUUAAGAGUCACAACGGCACAAUCUAGGUCAAAUGACGACUUUUCCAGCUUCAUAUGGUCACACAGGAGAGAGGCAUGGACAGGCACCUGGGUAGAACCACCAACCAUUCAACAGAGCCAGCCCGAUGGCUUCCUAACAUGAAGAACUCUACACCCCAAGUGACGUUUCAAACCAACAUCUGUGAUUCGUAUUCAGUAUGUAAAUGACUGCUGCAUGUAACUGAAAUACGUCCGCUGUAUAUAACUGAAACACUACUGCUGUAUAUAACUGAACAAGAGCUGUCCGUAAGACAGCGCACUCCACUAUUAGGCAAUUUGAUAGUUAAAUGAAUUUAUGUCUCAAUAAGAGACCUCUACUUUAAAAGGAAGAUACACCAAGAAAUAAAAAGACCCUACUACUCAGAGCGGUUAAAAGGUCAAGUAUGGAAAAACAGUCCAAGAAACUACAUGCACAUAAAGUAUAAAGACUUUGCUAAACUCAAAUUAUAUUUCUAUUUAUUUUUUAUUCAUUCUUAUUUUAUUUAUUAUUAUAGCAGAUGAUGAUGAUAAAGAUACAUUUUAAGUU